GGCUCCAGGGAGGCUCCGCCCCGCUCUCUCUGAUUGGUCGCUGCUCGCGCCGUCUCCUGGGUAACGGGAAUGCGGCCUUCUGGCCCGGGACCUGCGCACUUACUAGAUCUGGCGCCACAGAAGCCUUGAGAUGAAGCGUGUUUUCUCGCUGCUAGAAAAGACUUGGCUUGGCACCCCAAUACAAUUUGCCUGGCAAAAAUCAUCAGGAAACUACCUUGCAGUAACAGGAGCUGAUCAUAUUGUGAAAAUCUUUGAUCGUCAUGGUCAAAAAAGAAGUGAAAUUAGCUUACCUGGUAACUGUGUUGCCAUGGAUUGGGAUAAAGAUGGAGAUAUUCUAGCUGUGAUUGCAGAGAAAUCUAGUUGCAUCUACCUGUGGGAUGCCAACACAAAUAAAAUCAGCCAGUUAGACAACGGCAUGAGGGAUCAAAUGUCUUUGCUUCUUUGGUCAAAAAUUGGAAGUUUCCUGGCUGUUGGAACUAUUAAAGGAAAUUUGCUAAUUUAUAAUCAUCAGACAUCACGAAAGAUUCCUGUCCUUGGAAAACAUACCAAGAAAAUUACAUGUGGAUGUUGGAGUGCAGAAAAUCUUCUUGCUUUAGGUGGUGAAGAUAAGAUGAUUACAGUCAGUAAUCAGGAAGGUGACACGAUAAGACAGACAACAAUCAAAUCAGAGCCAAGUGACAUUAAGUUUUCUACAAGCAAGACUGAUGACCGAAUUUCUGCUGCUGAAAACACAAUAAGUGCUGUACUUGGCAAGAAAGUGUUGUUUCUUUUUAACCUGAAUGAACCAGAUAACCCAAUCGACCUGGAAUUUCCCCAGGCCUAUGGCAACAUUAUCUCCUAUAGUUGGUAUAGCGAUGGCUACAUCAUGAUUGGCUUCUCACGUGGAACUUUUCUGGCUGUUUCAACUCAUUUUCCAGAAGUUGGGCAGGAGAUAUUUAAGGCUCGUGACCAUAAGGAUAACCUGACCAGUGUGGCUUUAUCACAGACUCUGAACAAAGCUGCAACAUGUGGAGAUAACUGCAUAAAAAUCCAUGAUUUGGCAGACUUGAGAGACAUGUAUGCUAUAAUCAAUCUGGAUGACGAAAAUAAAGGGUUGGACACCUUGUCCUGGACUGAUGAUGGACAGUUGCUAGCACUGUCAACCCAGAGGGGCUCACUGCAUGUCUUCCUGACCAAGUUGCCCAUCCUUGGAGAUGCCUGCCACACAAGGAUUGCAUAUCUCACCUCCCUCCUCGAGGUCACCAUGGCCAACCUUAUAGAAGGAGAGCCACCAGUCACCAUUUCUGUUGACGUGGAACCCAACUUUGUCGCUGUAGGCCUCUAUCAUCUGGCUGUAGGGAUGAAUAAUCGAGCUUGGUUUUAUGUCUUUGGAGAGAAUGCUAUAAAAAAAUUAAAAGAUGUAGAGUAUCUGGGAACGGUAGCCAGCAUUUGCCUUCACUCUGACUAUGCUGCUGCACUCUUUGAAGGCAAAAUCCAGUUACAUUUGAUAGAAAAUGAAAUCUUGGAUGCCCAGGAAGAACGUGAGACACGGCUCUUCCCAGCAGUGGAUGAUAAGUGCCGUAUUUUAUGUCAUGCCUUAACUAAUGAUUUCCUCAUCUAUGGAACAGAUACUGGUAUCAUUCAGUAUUUCUUCAUUGAAGACUGGCAGUUUGUCAAUGAUUAUCGACAUCCUGUUGGUGUGAAAAAGAUUUUUCCUGAUCCAAAUGGAACCAAACUAGUUUUCAUUGAUGAAAAAAGUGAUGGAUUUGUUUACUGUCCAGUUAAUGAGGCUACCUAUGAGAUUCCAGAUUUCUCACCAACCAUUAAAGGUGUUCUUUGGGAAAACUGGCUGCUGGAUAAAGGUGUAUUUAUUGCUUAUGAUGAUGAUAAGGUAUACACUUAUGUCUUCCACAAGGACACCAUACAAGGAUCCAAGGUUAUUUUGGUUGGUGGCACAAAAGUUCCCUUCUCCCACAAACCUUUACUGUUAUACAAUGGAGAAUUGACCUGCCAGACACAGAGUGGAAAAAUCAGUUCCAUCUACCUCAGCACCCACAGCUUCCUCAAUAAUAUAAAAGAUUCUGAACCUGCUGACCUGAGGCAAAUGCUGGCCCAGUCUCUGAUGCUCAGACGGUUUGCUGAUGCUUGGGAAAUAUGCAAAUUGCUGAAUGAUUGUGGGAACUGGAAUGAGCUGGCCAGAGCUUGCCUACAUCACAUGGAAGUGGAGUUCGCCAUCCGUGUUUACCGGACACUUGGCGAGGUUGGCACAGUGAUGUCCUUGGAACAAAUAAAGGGGAUCGAGGACUACAAUCUUUUGGCAGGACAUCUGGCCAUGUUUACGAAUGACUUCAACCUGGCUCAGGACCUGUACCUGGCUUCCAGCUGUCCUGUGGCUGCCCUGGAGAUGAGAAGGGACCUGCAGCACUGGGACAGUGCUCUGCAACUGGCAAAGCGCCUGGCCCCAGACCAGAUACCAUUCAUAUCCAAAGAGUACGCAAUCCAACUUGAAUUCACGGGUGAUUAUGUAAAUGCUUUGGCUCAUUAUGAGAAAGGAAUCACAGGCGACAAUAAGGAACACGAUGAAGUGUGUCUGGCUGGAGUGGCCCAGAUGUCCAUAAGAAUGGGAGACAUCCGCAGAGGGGCUAACCAAGCCCUCAAACACCCCAGCAGGGUCCUCAAAAGAGACUGUGGAGCCAUACUGGAGAAUAUGAAGCAAUUUUCAGAAGCAGCCCAACUAUAUGAAAAAGGCCAGUACUACGACAAAGCUGCCUCUGUCUACAUCCGCUGUAAGAAUUGGACAAAAGUUGGCGAGCUUCUGCCUCAUGUCUCAUCUCCUAAGAUCCACUUGCAAUAUGCCAAAGCUAAAGAGGCAGAUGGAAGAUACAAAGAAGCCGUUAUGGCAUAUGAAAAUGCAAAACAAUGGAACAAUGUCAUCCGGAUCUACCUGGACCAUCUCAAUAACCCCGAAAAGGCUGUCAGCAUUGUCAGAGAGACCCAGUCUCUGGAUGGAGCCAAGAUGGUAGCCAGGUUUUUUCUAGAGCUUGGUGACUAUGGGUCUGCCAUCCAGUUUCUGGUCAUGUCCAAAUGUAACAAUGAAGCUUUCACCCUGGCUCAGCAGCACAACAAAAUGGAAAUCUAUGCAGACAUCAUCGGUUCUGAAGACACGACUAAUGACAACUACCAAAGCAUUGCCUUAUACUUUGAAGGAGAAAAAAGACAUUUUCAGGCUGGAAAAUUCUUCUUGCUGUGUGACCAGUAUUCACGGGCACUCAAACAUUUCUUGAAAUGCCCAAGCUCAGAAGAUAAUGCGGCAAUAGAAAUGGCAAUUGAAACUGUUGGCCGGGCCAAAGAUAAACUGCUGACCAAUCAGCUGAUCGACCAUCUAAUGGGGGAGAGUGAUGGCAUGCCAAAGGAUGCCAAGUACCUGUUCCGUUUGUACAUGGCUCUGAAACAGUACCGUGAAGCCGCCCGGACCGCCAUCAUCAUCGCCAGAGAAGAGCAGUCUGCAGGAAACUAUCGGAAUGCACAUGAUGUUCUCUUCAGUAUGUAUGCAGAACUUAAAUCCCAGAAGAUCAAAAUCCCCUCCGAGAUGGCCACCAACCUCAUGAUCCUGCACAGUUAUAUACUAGUGAAGAUUCAUGUUAAGAGUAGAAACCACAUGAAGGGGGCACGUAUGCUUAUUCGGGUGGCCAACAACAUCAGCAAAUUCCCAUCGCACAUUGUACCUAUCCUGACAUCUACUGUGAUCGAGUGUCACAGAGCAGGCCUGAAGAACUCUGCCUUCAGCUUCGCGGCUAUGUUGAUGAGGCCGGAGUACCGCAACAAAAUUGAUGCCAAGUACAAAAAGAAGAUCGAGGCGAUGGUCAGGAGACCUGAUACAUCUGAGAUGGAAGAAGCCACAACUCCCUGUCCUUUCUGCCAAUUUCUUCUCCCAGAGUGUGAACUGCUCUGUCCUGGAUGUAAAAACAACAUCCCAUAUUGCAUCGUAACAGGUCGACACAUGUUGAAAGAUGAUUGGACAGUAUGUCCACACUGUGGCUUUCCUGCGCUGUACUCGGAAUUUAAGAUGUUCAGUGUUCCUAAGAUGACAACAUUUCCCCUCAUGUGGCCUUCAAAGACCAGGCUCUGGAUACAGAAAAAUGAGACAAAGGAGACAUCGCCAGGCCAGCACAUUCAACUUCUAUAGUAACUAAUAGUGACACACAACCUUCUGUUUAUUGUACUUUGUGAAUUUCCUCUUCAGUCUUAACAGUGCACAGCACAGAAUAUGUAAUAGUAUAUUAAUUGUAAAUAUUGGUUUUUGAUAUUUUGAUAAAGGAGAUAUUUGAAAUAUCUCCUUUAAAAUAAAAUUGUUGACUAGA